CUCUAUCUGAUCAGUGAUGACUGCAGUUCUAGCUGGACAAGUGUUGGGCCCCAAGCCUGGGAGAGCAAUCUGUAGCUUCUGGCAGGGUGGAGUGGAGAUAGCACUGAGGGUACUAGCCCCUGUGGUGGGAUCUGUGCCAGCCUUAGUAGGAGCUGCUAUAGCGCUGGUUGGACUGGGCAAUGAUGACAUCAGUCUGGUAUCAGCUGCCACUGAGGCUGGGUCCCUGGGUGUUGCCGGCUAUAUUAUCUGCUGUGCAGCAUUUGGAGUGUUCUUGGAGUUGCUCAUGAUUGUGGUUCGUUUUCUCAACAUCGGACUCAUCAAUAUCAAGUCAACAAUUUUUCUGACUGUUGAUGUGUUCAUCAGUCUUGUGCUAACUCUUGCGCAUCUUGCCGGUGGAGUGACGGCAGCCUAUUUUGCUAGUCUCGGAUCAGAGUCUCUCGUUAGGAAUGGACUGGCCACAGGCUCUGCUUUUUGUCUCCUGGCAGUGCCUUUGUAUGCCCUACUGACUGUCUGGUCUAUUAUCUUCAUAAAGAAUGAGUGGAAUAAGGAAGUGAUCAAGUACACCCUCAAGGACUUAUUUUAGAACCAACCAACUCUAGAGUGUAUCAUGUUUUGUAUUAAUAAUUCACGAUGUUAUAAGA